UCGUUGUUUUCACUCCAACAGCGCCCGCAAUCGUCCAGGAACAAUGGCAGACUACGGAGCGAGCGAAUACAAGCCCGAAUUCCACUGGGUUGUAUGCCGCGGAGACAAACUCCCGGAGAACGCGGUGCCUGGAGGGGACGACAUAGGAGGGGAGGUCACCUACGUAGGGCGGGCUACGUACGCUGACGAAGUGAUACCAGGAAAGAUGGUCCCUUCCCGUGGAUUCUGUUACGUCCCUCAUGGAAAAGCCGAGCAUAAAUUCCGUGACUGCCAGGUGCUUGUCUCCAACGGAGCUCCGUUGGCAUGGUUACCUGAAUCCAAGGGCGCAGUGCCAAGUGGAGCCAUACAGGGCGGCAAAACCGACAAGGGCGAGCCACUCUACAUUGGUCGUGCACGUCACAAGGGCAUGCUCACUAUCGGCAAGGUUCAGCCAUCGGAAGGAUGCCUGUAUGUCGCUAACGACCAUCUAGAGCAUGUCUACAUUGAGUACGAGGUGCUCGUCUGCAAGACGAUCAACCUGUGCAAAGAACCGAGACUUUGCUGGAUGGAAUUUUGUUCACCAAUAAUGUAUGUAGUGUGA